AUUGACCUGAUCUCAUCAAUCCCGCGACAGAUUCAACAAUGGCCAUGUCCCUCGCGCGGGUGGCCCUCAGGGCACCACAAUCCCAAUCGAGGUUUGCUGCCGCCGCCGCCACCAUCACGGCUCGAACCAUUGUCGCCUACGGACGACACUUCAGCACCACGAACCAAGCUCUCAUCCCCUCCGGCUUCGGAUCUCCGAUUGUGCCCUCUUACUUUUCCAAGCCUCGACUCCCGGCCAACACGGUGAUUCGGUUCGUGCCUCAGCAGACGGCUUGGAUUGUUGAGCGUAUGGGAAAGUUCAACCGCAUUCUCGAACCUGGUCUGGCUGUCCUCGUGCCCUUUAUCGAUCGAAUCGCAUACGUCAAGAGUCUCAAGGAAGUCGCCAUUGAGAUCCCUAGCCAGAGUGCUAUCACUGCGGACAACGUUACUUUGGAACUUGACGGUGUUUUGUUCACGCGUGUCUUUGAUGCGUACAAGGCAAGCUAUGGAGUCGAGGAUGCCGAAUAUGCCAUUUCUCAGCUCGCCCAGACGACUAUGCGAUCCGAGAUUGGUCAACUGACCCUUGACCAUGUCCUGAAGGAACGUGCUGCGCUUAACACCAACAUUACCGCUGCCAUCAACGAUGCCGCAGAGGCUUGGGGUGUCACCUGCUUGCGUUACGAGAUUCGAGAUAUCCACGCUCCUGGUGCCGUCGUCGAGGCCAUGCACCGACAAGUCACUGCCGAGCGUUCCAAGCGUGCUGAGAUUCUCGAGUCCGAAGGUCAACGACAAAGUGCCAUCAACAUUGCCGAGGGUAAGAAGCAGAGUGUUAUUCUGGCUUCCGAGGCGUUGCGCGCUGAGCGUAUCAACGAGGCCGAUGGUGAGGCUGAGGCCAUUCGUCUCAAGGCGUCUGCCACUGCUCAAGGUAUCGAUGCUGUCUCAGAAAGUAUCAUCAGGGGAGAUGCUGGUGCCCAGGCUGCUGUCAGCUUGAGGGUUGCUGAGAAGUAUGUUGACGCCUUUGGCAAGCUGGCUCGCGAGAGCACUGCUGUUGUCGUCCCCGGCAACGUUGGAGAUAUCAGCGGCAUGAUUGCUACUGGUCUGAGUGUCUUUGGCAAGGUUGGCCAGGCUCAGGCACAGACUAUGGCUAAAUCUCUUGUUGAACCCAAGGGGGACUCGCAGACUGCAGAGCUCGAGGGUCAGGCAAAGCCCGAUGUUAAGGAGACAGUUCUCGAGAGCUUCAACCAGGCGACUUCCAAGCGAUAAGCAGAGAGAAAGACCAUGAUCUAUCAAACUGCAUGACAUACCACGGAGGAACGAGGCGGAACCAUCCACAAAUCAACUCAUCACUCAACCACCCAAACACAAAUAUUCCACACUACCAUGACUAUCGGCGUUUAGCGGAUGUAUUAUAGGGAUCCUGCGGAGGCAUUACUGCCCAGGUUCUUGGGGAGGCGAAGACGAACGUCAUCAUGUAUCAACAAGUUUUCUUAUUUUGAAUGUAAGCGCAUGGCAAAAGGAGGGAAAAUCACGGCCUACCUACCAACUGGUGAUCCUAAUUCUCUCAGCACAUACUCGGCUGUUGAGCUAUGGAGACAUACAAAGAAUUGAAUUAGUUCGACGUU